AUUAUCAGAUAUUAGAACUACAGAUUAGGAUUCUGUGGAAACAGAAUGAAGACUCGGCCAUCUAACGGGCAUGAUGGAAACGGAAAAAUGUUUCCAUCUCUUGUGAUUUCAUAGGUUUAUUUGUGAACACGUCAGGAGACGACCAUACGUUUGUAGUAUUGGUCGGUGCGUGGUCGGUACGUGGUCGGUACUGAGUAGAAAAAAAAAAUGGCGAAAAUUUGCGUAUAAAGACGAUCGUCAACAGAGUUGACAGAAACUAAUGAAAUUGGCUAAUGUCAGAUUGAACAACGUAAUGCACGAAAAAUGUUCCCUCUAGUCCGCGCCGCCUUGGUGCGUUUCAUAUGAUCGGGUACAACGUUUUACACAAGUGUUCAAUCAAGUGAGAAAAACAACGGGAAAAAAAGGAGAAGCAAGAGUUUAGUGGUUGCGAAACGUCACAGAUCACAACACGGAACGGGCCACUUCAAGGUAUAAAAAAUGAGUCAAAUAGAGAUGGAUCAAGAAACUGUAUAUGGGACCCAUGAGGAUAGUCAUGUGGUCAUGUCAGAGAAAGUGCAAUCUCUGGCUGGUAGUAUUUAUCAAGAAUUUGAAAAAAUGAUAGCACGUUAUGACGAAGAUGUGGUCAAGGACCUAAUGCCCCUCCUAGUCAAUGUCUUAGAAUGUCUAGACAUAUCUUAUACCGAAAACCAAGAGCGUGAAGUUGAAUUAGAGUUAUUAAGGGAAGACAAUGAACAACUUGUUACACAAUAUGAAAGGGAAAAACAAUUAAGAAAAGCAUCUGAUCAGAAAUUGCUGGAGCUUGAAGAUGUAGCAGAAGAUGAAAGAAAAGAACUUUUAUCAAAAAUUGAUAGUUUGGAAUCAAUUGUAAGAAUGCUGGAAUUGAAAACAAAGAAUUCACAUGAUCACGUUGUUCGUCUUGAAGAAAAAGAAGCUGAAUUGAAACGUGAAUAUACUCGACUACAUGAGAGAUAUACGGAACUAUUUAAAACGCAUGUAGAUUAUAUGGAAAGGACAAAGAUGUUAGUUGGAAGUACAGAGAGAUUAGAAAAUUCAUCUAGUGGCCGUGGUCCAUCUCGUUUACCAUCUCUUGGCUUAACUCACAUGUCUCGAAGUUCUGGACCAUUGAGUUAUGGCUUUCAGAGCUUAGAAGCUAGCAUAAAUGCAGAAGAUGUUGACCAGGAAAGUCCACCAAAUGUUGUUGCUAAUUUAAGAACUGAAAUGUUGGACAGUAGCAGUGAAGCUGCUAUUGAAACAUCUGAUAAAAGUCAAUUAACAGAUAAACCAGUACAAGCAAACAAAACAACUGCAAUUUCUAGACAUGAGAGUCCAGAAACUGAAAUACCUCCACCUUUGGUUACACCGACAUCACCGACUGUAGAAAAGUUAGCUACUUCUGGUGGAAGAAGCAGAACAGAAAGAGAGCAACGAAGUGGUAACACAUUGUACCAGGAACUGAGUUUUCAAGAUGCUGAUGCAUUGGGUGAAAUGGAUGAAGGAGCAGAUAUUACCGGUAGUUGGGUACAUCCUGGGGAAUAUGCCUCGUCGGUCAAUGACAACUUCUUUGGGAUGGGAAAAGAAGUGGAAAACCUUAUUAUGGAAAACAAUGAAUUGCUAGCUACAAAAAAUGCGCUUAAUAUUGUAAAAGAUGAUUUAAUCGUGAAAGUAGAUGAACUCACAAGUGAACAAGAAAUAUUACGCGAAGAAGUUCGGGGCUUGCAACAAACUAGAGAACGUUUACGGCAGAAGGUCACUACUCUUGAAGAAGAAUUGAAAAAAGUUAAGGAAGAGGCAGAGGCAGCAGCAAAAGCAGCCAAAAGUGACGAUGAAGAAGAUGUAUCAUUAGCACAAAGGAAGAGGUUUACCAGAGUCGAGAUGGCUAGGGUGCUUAUGGAGAGAAAUCAAUAUAAGGAACGUUUCAUGGAACUUCAAGAAGCAGUUAGAUGGACAGAGAUGAUAAGAGCAACAAAGACUGAUCCUUCUAGUAUAUCAAGUGGAAAAGUAUCUGUAUGGAAGUUUUUUAGUAGUCUCUUCACAGGACCUGCGGAUCGAGGAGCCUUAGUUCGUGGACCAAACACAUUGCCUCAUAUGAGGUAUAGUGCACCAACCAAUCAAGUUGUCCCAGCACCGCCUCUGGAUACCAUGCGUAGACGUACGUUGAAAGGUCGCCAUGAGUUUUUCGACCAGGGAGACACCAUAGAUACCUGGUUAUUCUGGUUUUCGGUGGGGUGCUUAUUGGCCAGCAGAUCUUCUGAGAAACUCGUAGCAAGACGUGCAAAUGAACGAAGAGAGCAAUAUCGUCAAGUCCGUGCACAUGUUAGGAAAGAGGAUGGGCGAUUACAUGCUUAUGGUUGGAGUUUACCUGGAAAACCAAGUGCUCCAGUUAGACAACCCGUUCCUGUUCCAGUUUAUUGCAGACCUUUACAGGAAUCUGAACCUGGCAUGAAGAUAUGGUGUGGUGCUGGUGUAAACCUAAGUGGUGGUAAAACACGAGACGGUGGUUGUAUGGUUGGAGGAAGUGUGUUUUAUGCUGCUGAAGCUCAAGAAGUAAGUACGAACACAAAAAAUGAAGUGGAAGAUGCUGUUGAACAUUUAGAUAAGGAGCUUCAAGAGAAUGAAAAUCAAAGGGUCGAGGCAGAACAAUUAGAGCAACAUCUUAGCUCAUUGGUGUGGAUCUGUACAUCGACUCAAAAGAUGUCAAAAGUUACUGUGAUAGAUGCUAACAAUCCAGCGGAUAUUUUGGAAGUCUUUAGCGUUUGUCAAGGACAUUUACUUUGCAUUGCAAGUGUACCUGGAGCCAAAGAGAGUGAUUACACUCAAGCUAUGAACGAAGAUCCAGUUCAAACUGCUAAUGGAGUGAAUGAGAACGAUAAUCACGAAGUAAAUACGACUUCAAAUACUGAACAGAACACUCAAAAAAAUAAACAGGAAACUCAAGCCUCGGUGGAAAAAAACAAAAAUGAAUCUGAAAAUGUAUCAGAAGAACAAAAUAAUGAAAAUGUUAAAAAAUCGGAUGAUGUUAAUCAAAGUAUUACUACUGAACCACAAAGUUCGGAAAAUGUAGAUAGCGAAACGAUAAAUUUAGGGAAGGUAUACUUUGUGAAAGCUAAUUUAGAGGCAUCAAACUCACAACUGGAUGAAAAAGAAGAUGAAAAUGAGGAGAAAGAAAAUAAAGUUGAGGAAGAUGCACCUAUAGAAAAAAUGUCUUCAAUACAACCGACAAUGUGGCUUGGAGCUCAGAAUGGUACAGUGUUUGUUCAUUCAGCUGUCGCUAAAUGGUCAGUUUGUUUGCAUUCAGUCAAAUUGAAGGAUGCCGCAUUGGCUAUCGUACAUGUACAAGGACGAGUUCUUGUUGCUCUUGCCGACGGAACCGUUACGUUAUUUCGAAGAGGUCCAGACGGGCAAUGGGAUCUGUCUCAGUACCAUGUGAUUACUUUGGGUAGUCCACAACACUCAAUUAGGUGUAUGGCUGCCGUUAGUGGUAAAACAGUAUGGUGCGGAUAUAGAAAUAAAAUUCAUGUAAUAGAUCCAGUUUUAAUGACUGUUGAGUGCACUGUGGAUGCUCACCCACGGCGAGAGUCGCAAGUGAGACAAUUAGCUUGGCUGGGUGAAGGAGUGUGGGUCAGCAUUAGAUUAGAUUCAACACUAAGACUCUAUCACGCUCACACUUAUCAACAUCUUCAGGAUGUUGAUAUUGAACCUUAUGUUAGCAAAAUGCUUGGAACUGGGAAACUUGGCUUCUCAUUUGUAAGAAUUACUGCAUUACUUAUUUCCUCCAACAGGCUGUGGAUCGGCACAGGAAACGGAGUAAUAAUCUCUGUUCCUUUAUCUGAAAAUGUAUGUAAAACAGGUGCUGGUGGAUCAAUGGCAGUAUCCAGAGUUCAAGUAGGAAAUGCUAAAGGUGAUGCACCGGGCGUUGGUAUCAGAAUUUUUGCCUCGGAUCGUGGUGUUACGCCCGGUAGUUACAUACCUUAUUGCAGUAUGGCUCAUGCUCAACUUAGCUUUCAUGGACAUAGAGAUGCAGUAAAAAUGUUCGUUGCAGUGCCUGGUCAUGGUGGUCAAAGUGCAGUGUCAGAUGGUUCUCAACCGGCAAUGCUUGUUCUUUCAGGUGGUGAAGGCUAUAUAGAUUUCAGAGUUGGUGAUGGAGAAGACACAGAAGAUACUAUGGAACGAUCUAACAGUGCUAUUGCUGCAAAUGCUGAAGAACAUGGAGAACAAAGUCAUCUAAUCGUAUGGCAAGUGCAAUGUCCUUUACCAGUGCCAAUGAAUGGCUAGCCUAGAAAUUUUGGAAGUAUGUUGAUCCUGGUGUAUGGUUCAGCUUGAAUUUCUAUAGAUAAAUCAAGGCGUUUAAACGAUUUUCGUGAUAUGUUGUCGUGGAAUCGAUAAAUUAGACCUAUCAUUUGGUCAACCGAAUGCCGCAUCUAUUUAAUUAUACUUAUAUAACGAUUGUAGCGAAGUACGCAAACGAAUACGCAUAACAGCGAAAGAAAAGGAGAUAUUGUACAAUUUCUGAGAGUAUUAAGAAUCAUUUACAAUAUUUCAUUACGGAUGAUAAUUUCUAAACAGAAAAUUUUUUUUCCUUUAGGAUAUCGUGUUAAGCAACAUUGACAAAAAAUUAACCUUUUAGAUAUGGGGUAUUCAUUGGGGAAUUUUUUAAAAUUGAGAGAUAAGUAGAAUAUCUUAACGCAAUGCUUAUAAUCCUUAGCUUUAAACUUUAAAAACGUCCUUUAAAAAUAUUUUAUCGGAAUACUAAUUCGAUGUUACGUAUUGAUAACGUAAUUUGUAACGGAACUUCUUUUCUCUUAAUUAUGCAUGUCUUCUUUGUGCGUCGUUGAACGAGACACGUAUCUAAGAACUACUUAGACUUGCGUAUACAUAUAAGAAGUUUUAAGAAUGCUUGGAAUCAGUGUUGAUUGAGGAACGUUGGAGGUAUAGCAUUACGUUUUCGCCAAUAAAUGUGAUAAUGGAUAAAGAUAUGAAAUAAUGGUUUUCAAAGCUGCCGUGACAUUUGCUACUUAGCUGCAAUAAAAAUCAGGAUUACUACGUGGAAGUUAGAUAACAACCAUUGUACAAUGUUCAUUUGCAGGGAUGAGAGGUGCAACCGAUUCAAAUAGUCUUAGGCAUAAUCUAUUAUUGUACAUUCUUUCCGUUAGAGAGUAUAUUAUUUUCCAAACUUAAGUGAUUUGAUUCGCUUAAAAAAAAAUAUAUAUAUAUAUAUACGUAUACAUGGAAUAUAAUAUAUUUUUUAUGUUCUGCUACUAACUCUUCUCUAAUAUCACCGCGUUCGAUCGCGCCUAUUUUUCUUCUAUCUUACAAGAUGGUCUCUGAAGAGCGUUUUAAUGAAUUUAUGUGUACAUAAACUAUUGUGAGAUAUUUGUAUAGUGUUUUACGUAGCAUGUAAUUUAAGUUUUUGUCCAUAAACGAAACAAAUGCGAUUCUGGUAAAUCUAUACACACACAGAUAAACACACAAAUGAAAUCAUAUAUUUAAUCUCUCAUCGGUCGCUGUAACUUCAUUUUUCGUCAAUAUUACUCCCUCCCUAUAACAUUACCAAAGACGAGGAACGAUUUUAUUGUAUUCUUUGUACGAUUUCAAGCGCGAGAUGGUUUAAAAGUUGCGUAUCUUAGCUAAUGUAUAGCGACCCGAACACAGUGUAGUACAACACCUACAUGCAUUUGAGACUUGGAAAAAGUCGCCAUAAUACUUGGGCUUAUGAGAAUUUUUGUAAAUUUCUGUGUUAUAAGCGAGGAACAGUGAAAUUCAGGAUGUAUACAAUGUAUAAGGGCUGCGCAUUAUUGUGUGUGAGCUCGCUUUCGGUGUCGAGCUCGGAACUGUACCUGGCUCUGAUGAAGCUGCAAUGGCGUUAAUAAAGAAAGUUGCGAAACAACA